AUUGCAUUUCCCGCUCGCUGCAGUAGGCAACAAACUGUAGGAUGCACCGAGACAGGAGAAUGAAGCAUAAAAAGUACAAGAUUCGAUAGAAACCCUACAGAAUGCUCUAAGUGCCGCAGAAUGCUGGAAGACGCGGCGGGUGUGUCCGGGCCGGGCGGGCGCUGCCACGGGGGCAUGCGCGAGCGCUGCGGCUUCACCGGGCCGGAGCCGGGCGGUGCCGUGUUCUGCUGCAGGGCGCACCGGCGCCGCGCCUCGCCGCUCACCUGCCUCGCCAUCUGCUUCCUGGUGCUCUCCUACAACCUGCUCGGCGGGUUCCUGUUCCUCGCGCUCGAGGGGAACCCCGGCCAGGAGGAGACCGCCGUGGCCGCCGUGAAGCCCAACCUCAGCCAGGCGCAGGGCGCGGGCCGCGAGCUGCGCACCCGCACCGUGGAGCGCCUGUGGGCCAUCACCGAGGACCUCAACAUCCUGUACAAGGAGAACUGGACCAAGCUCGCGGCGAAAGAACUGAUGGACUUCCAGAAGGUGCUGAUGAAGAGCAUGGGCGGGGGCGGGGGCGAGCGCGGGGCGCGGGGGGACGACUACCACUGGACCUUCUCCACCAGCUUCCUCUACGCACUCACCCUUAUCACCACUAUUGGUCACGGCGACGUGGCGCCGCGCUCGGCGGCGGGGCGGGCGGUGGCCGUGCUGUACUCGUGCGUGGGCGUGCCGCUCGUGCUGCUGUACCUGUCCGCGCUGGGCGGCGCCCUGGCCCGGCGCGCGCGCCUGCUGUACGCGCGCGCCCGCCCCCCGCGCCGCCCUCCCGCCCCCGCGCAGGAGAAGACCACGCCCUUCCAGGCCGCGCUCAACCUGGCCACGCUGCCCCGCGCCCCCUGCCCCGCGCCCCGCGCCGUGCCCGCGCCGCUCAGCGUGCUGCUGCUGGCGCUGUACAUGGCACUCGGCGCGCUCGUGUUCCGCGAGACGGAGCACUGGUCGCUGCUGGACGGCGCCUACUUCGCCUUCUCCGCGCUGGCGACCAUCGGCCUGGGCGAGCUGCGGCCCGGCCGCCGCGCCGCGUCGCCCGCCGCCGAGGACGUGGCCAUCGGCGUGUGCUGCCUCUACAUCCUCGUGGGCAUCGUGGUGGUGGCCAUGUGCUUCAACCUGAUCCAGGAGGACCUCGGCGGUGCGCUGCGCGGGGCGGCGCUGUGCGCGGGGGGGCGCGUGCGCGAGGCGCCGCCGCCGGCCAAGGAGGAGCUGGUGGCCAUGUCCGUGGUGUCCUGACAGCACGCGGCGGGGGCGGGCGCGGGGGGCGCGGGGCGGGCGCUGCCGCCGGCGCGGUUCAGCUCGCUGCCGCGGCGCAAGUCGGGCGCGGGCUCGUCGUUCCGCCGCCUGUCCCCCUCCCGCCGCUCCGCGCCGCCCGCCGACCGCUGCGUGGAGUACUUCGUGCCGCGCAGCCUCAGCGAGUUCGACCUGAGCGGGCUGGCGGGCGGCCUGGGCGACCUAGGUGGCCUGGGCGACCUGGGCGAGCUGGCGCCGCUCGCCGCGCGGCCGCGAGACCGCGGGGGCGCCGUGCCGC